CGAUUCCCACGUCCGCUAAGGACCGCAGCAGACUCCUCCAAGUCCAUCAUCCGCCAUUAGGCUUCCAGCUCAAGCAUCUAGCAAGCAGAGGCCGAUCGAGCUGGGAGUAGUGAUUCGACCAUCUGGGUCCCCAGCGCUUUGAUUGAUCGAAGCUUCGUGUUUCAUAUCACUGAGAUCUAGCCAUGGCGGCGGCCAACUCCACGAACAACAACAUGCUACAUGUGGUAAAUGCAGAAUCCAACAGCGAAGGCAGCCGCGACAGCAGAAGAGUUGCUACUAAUAGUACGAGGGAUGACGCCGUUGCUGGUUUUGCGCGCGGAGGAGGAGCCGGCGGCGAGCGGAUCCAACGCAGGCAGGUGGCGUCGGCGAGGAGGGCGGAAUACGUAGAGGUGGAGAACAUCAACGAGGAGGCGGACGCGUUCAUCAGGCGAUUCAGGCAGCAGCUCCACCUGCAGCGCCUGCAAUCCAUCGAGAAUUACAACCAGAUGCUCGCUCGAGGCCUCUGAGUUACCACGUCGAUUUGAUCUUUCGUGUUUGCUUUAAUAUGUUUUUAUUCAUAUUUUUAUUAGCCACGUAUCUGCAUUGGUUUAAUAUAUAAGCAUGUGAUUAUGAGUGCUUAAAAAGGAAAAAUAAAUAUUUAAAAAGGUAAAUAUAUAAGUACCCAUUCA